AUGCUGUCGCCCUAUUGCCAGCAGCUCUCAGAAGACUUAAAUCUCGGAAGUGUUGCUGUCCCAAAGUUAGUGCCCAAUCUUAACGACAAGACCAACUAUAUUGUACACUACCGUAAUCUGAAGUUAUAUCUUUCUUUGGGAAUGGAGGUGACAAGAAUCCAACAGAGUCUUGGUGUUUCAACAAAGUUUAUGGCUUAAGACCUACAUUGAUUUCAUUUCAACACAGGAAGAAAGAAGAAAGCACGCUGCGAAUGACUUUGAGAAAGAUUUCUACAAGUUGAUGAAUAAUGCAGUGUUUGGGAAAACCAUGGGGAAUCUGAGAAAGCGAGUCAAUGUCAAAUUGGUCUAUGAUGAGACAAAGCUGUCAAAACUAACUGAUCGUCCAUCAUUUGACUCUUUCUGUAUCUUCUCCGAAGAUCUUGCUGCUGUGAAUAUGAAGAAGACGAAGCUAUACUUAAAUCGACCAAUCUAUGUGGGAUUUGCAACCCAGUUUCAUUAUGAAUAUAUGAAACAGAAGUAUCGUGCUAGCGCCAAGCUGCUUUUUACGACACGGAUAGUCUGUUACGAAGUGAAAACUCGUGGCAUCUACUAA